AUGGUUCACAAAAUCGCAUUAGAUAUCGCCGGAGCCCUAGCUUUCCUACACGACGACUGUAAUCCUCGUAUAUUUCAUCGAGAUGGGUUCGAGACACAUGUGCCCACCGGCAUUGCCGGGACAUUUGGAUACGUGGCGCCGGAAUAUGCUCUAGCAUGUAGGGUUUCUGAUAAGGCGGAUGUGCACAGCUAUGGAGUGAUGUUACUUGAAUUGAUUUCAGAUAAACGGGAUGAUGGCAACGACGAUGGAGGCGGUGGCGAUGGUGGCGUCCUCUUCUCCACCUUUGUAAGUAGGCGUCGGGGCGGGGCGAUCGUCUGCCUCGUCUCCGCCGGUGGGACGUCGAUCCCGGAUGGUUGA